GGGAUGAGGGGGCCUUUCUAGGCAGGACCCGCCCCGGGGUCCCUCAGAGUCUUGGUACUUGGAUCCGAACCUUGCCCGGAGCGAGAAUCCGCGUCGACCCCGACGGAGAUUUCAGCAUGACUUCCAUCUUGACAUAUACAUUUAAAAGUCUUCCCAGUACGUCAAAAUGGGCUCUCCGAUUUUCUCUAAGGCCCCUGAGCUGUUCCUCCCAGCUAUGGGCUGCUCCAGCUGUCCAGACCAAAUCAAAGAAGACCUUAGCCAAACCCAACAUGAGGAACAUCGUGGUGGUGGAUGGGGUCCGCAUCCCGUUUUUGCUGUCAGGCACUUCAUACAAAGAACUGAUGCCGCACGAUUUGGCUAGAGCAGCACUUUCGGGCUUGUUGCAUCGGACCAAUGUCCCAAAGGAAGUUGUUGAUUAUAUCAUCUUUGGCACAGUCAUUCAGGAAGUAAAAACAAGCAAUGUUGCUAGAGAGGCUGCCCUCGGAGCUGGCUUCUCUGACAAGACGCCUGCUCACACUGUCACCAUGGCGUGCAUCUCCGCCAACCAGGCCAUGACCACAGGUGUUGGCUUGAUUGCUUCCGGCCAGUGUGAUGUCGUUGUGGCAGGAGGUGUGGAAUUAAUGUCUGAUGUCCCUAUUCGUCACUCAAGAAAAAUGAGGAAGAUGAUGCUUGACCUCAAUAAGGCCAAGACUCUGGGCCAGCGACUGUCUGUGAUCUCUAAAUUCCGAUUAAAUUUCCUGUCGCCUGAGCUCCCCGCCGUGGCCGAGUUCUCCACCAGUGAGACCAUGGGCCACUCCGCAGACCGACUGGCUGCUGCCUUCGCUGUGUCUCGGCUGGAGCAGGACGAGUACGCACUGCGCUCUCACACGCUGGCCAAGAAGGCGCAGGACCAGGGGCUCCUGUCCGAUGUCGUGCCCUUUAAAGUGCCAGGAAAAGAUACUGUCACCAAAGACAAUGGCAUCCGUCCUUCCUCCCUGGAGCAGAUGGCCAAACUGAAGCCUGCCUUCAUCAAGCCCUACGGCACCGUGACAGCUGCGAACUCCUCUUUCCUGACCGAUGGUGCGUCCGCAAUGCUGAUUAUGGCAGAGGAAAAGGCUCUGGCUAUGGGUUAUAAGCCGAAGGCCUAUUUGAGGGAUUUUGUGUAUGUGUCCCAGGAUCCGAAAGAUCAACUCCUACUUGGACCUACAUAUGCUACUCCAAAAGUUCUAGAAAAGGCAGGAUUAACCAUGAACGAUAUUGACGUCUUUGAGUUCCACGAAGCUUUCUCAGGUCAGAUUUUGGCUAAUUUCAAAGCCAUGGAUUCUGAUUGGUUUGCGCAAAACUACAUGGGUAGGAAAACCAAGGUCGGAUCACUGCCUUUGGAGAAGUUUAAUAACUGGGGCGGCUCGCUGUCCCUGGGACACCCGUUCGGAGCCACCGGCUGCCGCUUGGUCAUGGCAGCUGCCAACAGAUUGCGGAAGGAAGGUGGCCAGUACGGCCUGGUGGCCGCCUGUGCCGCUGGAGGGCAGGGCCACGGUAUGAUCGUGGAAGCCUACCCGAAAUAGUGGACACAGAGGAGGUGACCGGAAGCUCCGUGCCGCUCUCGGACUAGGCAGUGCCAUUCCAAUGCAUUCCCAGGUGACAUCCGCAGUGCCCAGCUCCUCCUAGGAAAACAGCUGGGGGGCUUCUGUGAAUGCUUUGCGAUUAGGCUUUGCCAGUGCUCCACUGACUGCUCUUCAGGGACUUCUAAGCCACCAGACUCCCACGCAGAUAAGUUUAGGAACUGAGUUCGGGUCUCUUUUGUCACAAAGACUAAAAGAGUGCUUGCAGGUUAGUGAGACUUGGAAUCGUUGUCGUAAUAUUUGCAGAUUUUACUUGUUCCUGUCCUUGUCCUCAAGAUAAGUGUUUUCUCUAAAAUACAAACCGAUGUGCCUAAGUUAACCUAAUUAUGGCGAAUGACUCAGAAUCAACAUUACUGAAGACUUAAAUGUUUAUAUACAUAAAUACCAUGCUACUUAACCUUAAUAAAGUGGAGAAGUGCUGGAGAA